GCUCCGCCGGGUCUCUCCCUCCGCUCUGAGGCCCGCCCGCGGGGCCGGCCGCCUGUCAGAGGGAGGUGGCGAUGGUGCGCCCGGUGGCGGCAGCGGCGGCGACGGCUUCCUUGGUCGGACGGCAGGGAGGAGAAGAUGACUGACCGACCGACCGGAUGAAUGAAUGAAUGGCGGAGCCGAGCGCGCCAUGAGGAGCCUGCCGAGCCUGGGCGGCCUCGCCCUGUUGUGUUGCGCGGCGGCCGCCGCCGCUUCAGCUGCCUCGGCGGGGAAUGUCACCGGCGGCGGCGGGGCGGAGGGGCAGGUGGUCGUGUCGCCCACCCCGGGGCUGCGGGACCAAGCCAGCCACCCUUUCCCUAAGGCCGCGGCUCCCACGGCGCAGGCCCCGCGGAGCGGCCCCCCGCGCAACACUGUCCGCAGAGCCGGGGCUGCGACCCCGCCAGCCGGCUCCCCGGAGACCACCCCUCUCCGCCCCACCGCGCCACCCGCUGCCACCACCUUCCCGGUUCUAGGCCCUUCGUCCGCCACCCCUGCGGAGGAGGGACGCACUCCCGCCACCCAACCACCACCCUCCGGACCCGCGCCCAGCACCCUUGAGAGCACAGCUGGCCAGGAGCCGACCACCCCCAUAGUCACCACCGCUCAGGCGCCCAGCACUGCCGGGACCCCGACUGCCGAGUCCUGGAACAGCAGCCGCCACAGCAGCGUCCCGCCCACCGCACCUGACACCGAAGCCCCUGCGCCUCCUCCCCCAGAGUAUAUGUGUAACUGUUCUGAGGUUGGAAGCUUGGAUGUGAAGCACUGCAACCAGACAUCAGGGCAGUGUGAGUGUCGUCCAGGUUAUCAGGGACUUCACUGUGAAACCUGCAAAGAGGGCUUUUACCUGAAUCACACUGUUGGUCUCUGCCUGCCGUGUCACUGCAGUCCACACGGAUCUCUUAGCAUUCUCUGCAACAGUUCUGGGAAUUGCCAUUGCAGAGCAGGUGUCACUGGCUCCCUGUGUGACCGAUGUGAAGAUGGACAUUAUGGCUUUAAUAAGAUAGGCUGCUUGCCCUGCCAGUGCAACAACCGGUCUGAUAGUUGUGAUGUUCUCACAGGUGCUUGUUUGAACUGUCAAGAAAAUAGCAAAGGGGAUCACUGUGAAGAAUGCAAAGAAGGAUUUUAUCAGAGUCCUGAUGCUACUAAAGAAUGCCGCCAGUGCCCUUGUUCAGAAGUGACUUCUACAGGCAAUUGCACCAUAGAAUCUGGUGAAGUGGAGCCUACAUGUGUCCAGUGUAAAGAUGGUUACACAGGACGGAACUGCAAUAAAUGUGAAGAUGGCUAUUACAACUAUGACAGCAUCUGCAUACCGUGCAAGUGUCAUGGCCAUGUGGACCCAACUACAACUCCAAAGAUUUGCAAACCCGAGAGUGGUGAAUGCAUCAACUGCAUCCAUAACACCACUGGGUUUCUGUGUGAGGACUGCCUAGAAGGGUAUGUUCGAGACCUCCAGAACAACUGCAUCAAGCAUGAAGUUAUUGUUCCAACUCCUGAAGGUUCUACCAUUUUGGUUUUCAAUGCCUCUUUGACCACAUCAGUGCCCACCCCUGUUAUAAAUAGUACAUUUGCCCCCACAACCCUGCAGACUAUCUUUUCAGUAAGUUCUGAAAACAGCACCUCAGCUCUCGCUGAUGUAUCAUGGACCCAGUUUAACAUCAUCAUUUUGACAGUCAUCAUCAUUGUGGUAGUGCUGCUAAUGGGAUUCGUAGGAGCUGUGUAUAUGUACCGGGAGUACCAAAACCGGAAACUCAAUGCUCCCUUUUGGACCAUCGAGCUGAAAGAAGACAAUAUCAGUUUCAGCAGCUACCAUGACAGCAUUCCCAAUGCGGAUGUGUCAGGAUUGUUGGAGGACGAUGGCAGUGAAGUGGCUCCCAAUGGGCAGCUGACCCUGACGACACCCAUUCAUAACUACAAAGCUUGAGGAGCUGUGCUGUCCUCUUGGAGUGUCAGGACACAUUACUCACUAAAACGCAUCUGCCCUCCAGCCCCACAUACCCUGGGUAGAGUUUGCUGAGAAUGGCAUCGUGCAAAUGAACUGUUCAGGUACAAACUGUAGUGCGCUUAGCCUAUCUGUUGCUCUUAAUUCAUCCCCAUGAAGAUCUGAAGCACUCGUCAUCAUUGAGGACUUGAAGUAAAGUAUAUUUUUGUAACCAACCACAUGUGUGUAUGGAAAGGCUGAAUCCCACACAGUAGCUCAAGUCUACCCAACCUCUCAAAGGACUGCUGGGAAAGUGUUCAUUUCACCAGCCGUGACAAAAUGCUGAUGUGGAGGGGAAGACUGAUAGAAGACGUCAUCUUCAUUUUGAAAACAUAUAUUUUAGGAGAGGCAGGGAUUGUGUUCAUUCACUGUACUAAAAGAUAUAACUGAUGAAAAGCUGAUGUCUAGGCUGAACCACUCUAAACAAUCUUGGCUCUAUGUAGACUGAGGGCAGAAAAGUUCCAAGAGGAUGUGUACAAGGGCUUGGCUUUCCUCCGUUGAGUCUCCUUCAAGGAUGGGAUGAAAGCACAGGAUAAGCCUCUGUGGUGAGAGCAGGUGCAGCAUCCAGAGAGCAGAAAAUUGAUGAUCCUCCUCAGGGGAGGUGCCUGCCUCUAAAGAAACAAGGUGUACAUAGUUAAUGUAGCAUACCUGCUCAACAUUGUACUUGUAUCUAUUUGUAAAAAAAUCAUGUCCUAUUUUAUCAUCUAGACUUUAUUUGUAUAGCAGUUAAUGGUGUUGUAAAAAGAAGAUAUUGGUUAAAAUACUGUAAAAUAGGUGGCAAUAUAGCUAGAGCUUGGACUCUGUUGAACACCAUUCGUUUUUCAUCUCUAUUUGGACACUGUUGAAAUUUACAAGAGGUCAAAUGUUUCUAAUCUUUCCUCUCUCAACCUAGAGUCAUAUACUCUUUGACUUACCAUAGAUUCAAGCAAUAGAUUUGAAGUCUGUAUUAUUAAACUGGGACACAGGCUGCAUUCUCUAGAUACCCACUUAAUUAGCCACUCUGUUUGUUUUACAUUGCUCAGUGUAAACAUCCUCAGAAAAAGACUCCUUUCCUGAAUGUAAAGGACAGUCUUCCAAAGGACAGAAAUUUUAAAUUCAAAAAGAAAAGCCAUCACGUUACUUGGGGCCCCUUGUUUUUAUGCCCAUGAAAUACUUAUGUAUCUCCCAUAACCUCCAAAAUAAAGGCCUCUGACAUUUGAGCAUAACCUGUUCCCCACGAAUCGUGAGGGAUGUUUGACUUCUUCAGUGUAGAAUUCAUCCCUCUUCUUUCUGGCAGAGGGUUACUGUGGUUGAGUGUGCAUUUAGUCCUUGUUUGUAGGUGCCAUUUCCCCUGAGGCUGAGCACUGAUUUUUUCAUCUGUUAUGCACUGACAGGUUGUGGACUAAGCAGGUCAAAAAAGGUGACCCAGUCCAUGUGGUUAGGGAAAUACAAAACAAAGACUAGACCUAGGAAACUCAGACUUACAUUCCUCGCAGAGAAAAACAGUUUGUUCAUUUUCUGUAGGAGACCCCACAUUUGUCUCAGGGUUUGGAAAUGACUGCACUAGAGGAUCCGGAGGCCACCUGAGGGUGCUCUGCAUAUGUGACUUCUUUAUUAGAGUAAACAUGCAUCUCCUUGUACAGAAACCAUUUUCAACUGGUUGAUGAGCUUAGCAUAUGAGUUUAAUAGGUUUAAUCCCCACAAUUACAGAAUGGAUCAAUAUUUUUACUGUUCUUUGUCAUUUACAAAACAUUUUCCCAUGUGUGUUCUUUGAUCCUAACUGUGCCCUCCUAAAGAAGUAGUCUUGUACCCAUUUUAAAAAUGAAGAAAUGCUAAAUCAUUCAGGGCUAUAUGCACACUAUUUUUAUGCUUGGAAUCAAUUCUCACCUCUACGGCAUAGUCAUUUGGCUAUAUGAGAUUGACAUAUAUAUAUAUAUGAAUGAAUCUACUAAUCCUAGGCCCUAGAAGGCUGGGAUGAAGAUUCACAUAUGUGGAUGAUUCUACUAGAGUCCUUAUGUGCUCUCAAGUGUGCUUCCCCCUUCAUGUGUGUCUGUGUGUGUGCACGUGUACGUGUUUGUGUUUCUGUCUGUGCGUGAUGUAUGUGCUUUGCAAGCACAAUUCAGGGCCACAUAGCUACAACUGACUUUAUGGAAAGAACACAUGAGGAUUUCUAUCUAAAGUCAGAAUUAAUGAUGAUAAGAUAAAUCUGCCAGUUAGAGUUCAUUAAAAUGAACGAAUUCCUGGAAUGGGGGGAGGGGCUUCCUCUAGCAAUUGCAGCACAGGUGUGUACUGACUGCAUCACACAAAUUACAGAGCAUUAUGCAGAGUGAUUACCUCACUGAUACCCCAUCUUCUGCCAAAAAUAAAGGUAAGGAGAAAAAAAGCAAACAUUUUUUAAACAGAUGUUUACCCAAUAAAUAAGAAGUGUUUGUAGGAGCCUAAAAACCAGUCAAAUAGUCAAGAUUCCAGCUCAGUAGAGAUUCCUUGAAACAACUCUUAAAAGAUAACACAGAAAUUAAACCAUAAAGACUGUUUAUCAAGUAAGGCUCCUAGGUCAUAUUAAUUUUUCACGUGAUGAAAAGUUAUAGCCUUAAAAUGUAAUUUAAAUAAACAGCACUCUGCUUGUCGAAAUAUUUUUGCUCUAAAGAUAAACCAUGAGGUAAUCUUCUCUUCAAAUUAGAGUCGUAAACAAUCAUAAAACACAAUGUAGGAUUUUCAUUCUCUGGAGGCUUCACCAUCCAGCACCAAAUGUCCUCUGGAAAAUCUAAUGUUUAAACAACUUUUGUCUAAGUAUUGAUUGUGUUUUCUUUUUAAAAUAUAAUACCUAUGUGAACCUUGCUGAGAAAUAGUCAUCACUGCUACAAAUGAACUGAUGCUUGCUUGCAUCUUUAUUGGCUUUCUUAGUAAGCCCUAUGCAUUUCCGAUAGCUGGGUGUUCUCAUCAGACUCAAGCAUUUCUUUGACCUCCCUAUCACUAACGCCCUCCACACUGCUUCCCAGGGCUGUCUUAUUUACAGUCUUUUCAAUUAUAGAAAAGGAAAAAGGAUAGUAAAAUCUCUUAUUUAUUUGAACAUUCUGAAUGCAUUAUUUUUCCCCAGGAUACUUGAAUUUUUAGAGAGGACAAAAAGGCAGACAUGGACUAGGAAGAAAGGGUUGUAUUUGUUUUUCUUAACAAGAUUAUCUAAGUCCCAAUUGAUAUCACUAUUCUGUAGUUCCAAUAGUCCAUGAACCAUUAACCAUCAAAGCAGAACUCAUUGACCUGCCAGAUUAUCUGGGUUAUUUUAUCAUCCAGAUGUAACUUAAAGAUGAGAGACAGGUGGAGCUUGGUUAUUGAUUAUUCACCCUGGCCCUAUACCUUUUUUUUGUUUGUGUUGUUGCUUGUAAACAUGAGAUUGAUUUUAAAUGACUGUCCCUGGCAUCUUACAUUUUGAAGUCUUAUUGGGUGGGAGUUGAGUUUCUGUAUCUCUCAAGGAAAGUUCUCUGACAAAAUAUUCAGAAUAAGUUAAAAAAAAAUGGGACUGGAGAGAUGGCUCAGAGGUUAAAAGCAUUGCCUGCUCUUCCAAAGGUCCUAAGUUCAAUUCCCAGCAACCACAUGGUGGCUCACAACCAUCUGUAGAGGGGUCUGGUGCCCUCUUCUGGCCUGCAGGCAUACACCCAGAUAGAAUAUUGUAUACAUAAUAAAUAAAUAAAUAUUUUUUUUAAAAAAAGUGUAAUCAUUAGGGUAGCAGAAGUCUUUGUGAUCUCAUACACACACACCCUAAUCUGUUGCUACUUUUGACAGCAGGUGGUUUAGGAACUGAAAUGGGUUUGCUGUCUAUGCUCAGGGUUGGAGAAGGUGAUGGAGGGUUAAAUCAUCAUUUUCUUUCACUCUGAGCCAGUGACUGUGCCAUGGGAAGAAGCAAGAAAAACAGUUAUCAGUCUGAAGAAGUCAAAUAAAUAAUAUCUAAUGGCUAAUGGUUAUGUAUCAUUAAAAUGUCAGUGGUUUGAAUGAUAAUUUUUCAAAGGCCUUGGGGAUCUUUCUUGUUACUUAUGCACAUGCAGAAACUGCAGCAGCCCUGGAAUGAGCCCAGAGCUUCAGAUUCGAGCUAGCCCAAAGCUAAGUGACUUCUAGUCAAUUGUAAUGCUAGGCACAAGCACUCUGUACUCUUAAAUUUGAACCCAAUUAUUUAGGGAAUGUUUCUAAAACAUUAAACUUGUAUUUAUGUCACUAAAAUCCUAACCCAAAAUUUAAAAACAUGUCUCAUAUGUGUACUGUACUAGGUUUCAUGAUGCAUUUCUAAAUUUGUGUAUGAUUUGAAUAUAUGAAAGAAUUUAUACAAGAGUGUUAUUUAAAAUUAUUAAUAAAUGUAUA